AGCCUUGUAGAAUGUUCGAUUGCCAAACCUAAAUGCUUUUAAUUUUACCAACCAUUCAAUACCGGCAGUAAAUGCUUGCUUCAAAAACAAUAGUUUUUUUUGGCACACAACCUUUUUCAUUUUGUAUAAAGGAAAAAAAAAAAUACUUAUAUAGGAUUAUAAUCUAAUAUUAAAUGCCCAGGAACCACAACUUGUGGUACCUUACCAUCUUUCCCACUAACAUGCUACUUUAUGUAGAUAAUCAUUAUCAUGAAAAUGGUGGGGCCCACCAUGAAAAUCGACUCAGACAAAAAUCAGACCAUUCUGAUCGUCCUAAUUUUUUAACUCGUUAGUGCUCAGAAUAUUAGUUAAUAGAGGGCUUCAUUCCUCAAUUUUUUGAAAUUUUUUUCUAUUUUUUCUGGAUACUGAUUUUUUUAAGAAGGCCAAAACGAUGUCCGAUGUAAAAGUGAGACAAUGACAGCUGCUUUGCGGCUUGUGUUACAAGUUUAGCUUAAGAAAUGUCAAAAAUGCAAAUAUUUCAUUUCAUUUUAUUUUGAAGAUGUAGUUGUCCUCAUUAACAAAAAAGCAUUGCUUCGAAAAACUCCAUGCAACCACCUUAAGUGAAAGUAAAAGUGCCGAUUACCAAAGACAAACUCUACUAAUUUUAGUUCCCACCCAAGCAUUGCAUGGAAUUUCCAUUCUCCACUGAAAUAUCCUCAUGUUGUAUAUAUUCACCCUCAGUACUCAAAUCAUUCUCAGCUCCCCCACCUUCUCCUUUUUGAGCUUUCAAAUUAUUCUUAUGAAAUUUUUAUUUUUAUUUUUUUUAAUUCCAUGACUAAAUGUUAGAAGAUCAUUUAAGUGCAUCAACAUCAGAUUCAAUGGUGGAGAAAGGAUGUGCACAUGAGAAAGAUGAUGAUGAAGCUUAUACUCAAGAUGGGUCGAUGGAUCGUCAUGGGCAGCCUUCAAUCAAAGGAAAGACGGGAGGGUGGGGCAUCGGGAUUCUGCUACUUGUGAAUCAAGGACUGGCUACUCUUGCAUUUUUUGGAGUUGGAGUGAAUUUGGUGCUGUUCUUGACCAAAGUUCUAAAACAAGACAACGCUCAGGCUGCAAACAAUGUGAGCAAAUGGACAGGGACCACAUAUGCCUUCUCUCUGGUUGGUGCCUUUGCAAGUGACUCCUGUUGGGGAAGAUACAAGACCUGUGCCAUAUUUCAAGUCAUCUUCGUUCUAGGUUUGGUGCUGCUAUCCUUAUCAUCUUACCUUUUCCUACUGAGACCAUGUAUCCCAGGCGAUGGAGAUCCUCAGUGUGUGCCACCUACUGCCAUAGAGAUAGCAGUAUUCUACCUCUGCAUCUACCAAAUUGCUUUAGGGAAUGGGGGCUACCAGCCAUCCAUUACCACAUUUGGGGCAGACCAGUUCGAUGAUGAGGACCCAAAGGAAGGGCUCUCAAAAGUUGCCUUCUUUAGCUAUUUUUACUUGGCUAUGAACCUGGGGUCCCUCAUUUCAAACACGGCUUUGGUAUAUGUGGAAGAUGAAGGGAAGUGGGUCCUAGGGUUUUGGACUUCUGCAGGGGCUGCAUUUGUGGCAUUGGUCUUGUUUCUUGGUGGGACCCCAAGGUAUAGGCACUUCAAACCAGGCGGCAACCCUUUACCUAGGGUUUGCCAGGUAGCCGUCGCAGCAGUGAAGAAAUGGACAGUUGAGAUGCCACCAUGUGGAGAGGACCUCUACGAAGUGGAUGGAAAGGAAUAUGUGAUCAAUGGAAGUAGAAGGAUACUCCAUACCCAACAAUUCAGGUUCUUGGACAGAGCAGCAGUGAUCACUACUAAGGAUUUCAGCCUACAAGACCAAGCUCUUGCUCCAGACCCCUGGUGCCUAUGCACAAUAACGCAAGUGGAAGAAGUGAAAUGCAUACUAAGACUCAUCCCCAUUUGGCUCUGCACCAUAAUCUACUCAGUGGUAUACACACAGAUGGCUUCUGUCUUUGUUGAACAAGGAGCCACCAUGAAGACUGCCAUCUCGACCUUCCACAUCCCUCCAGCGAGUAUGUCCAUCUUCGAAAUACUUGGGGUGGCAUGUUUCGUUCUUCUCAAUAAACCAUAUAUUGUCCCUCUCUUCUGCCAACUGCAAAAGACAAACCUCAGAGCCCCUGCAGAGCUUCAAAGAAUGGGAGUUGGGCUCAUCAUCUCAGCAAUGGCGAUGGUUUCUGCUGGAAUUGUGGAGCUCCAGAGGCUAAAAUAUGCUGAUGUAGGUUGUAAUGACUGCGAGGACGCUAGCUCUCUAAGUAUUCUAUGGCAGAUUCCUCAGUAUCUAUUGGUCGGAGCUUCUGAGGUGUUUAUGUAUGUGGGUCAGUUGGAGUUCUUCAACAGGCAGGCCCCAGUGGGGCUAAAGAGCUUUGGGAGUGCGCUAUGCAUGACAUCCAUGUCCCUGGGGAACUAUGUGAGUAGCUUGCUGGUGACGAUAGUCAUGGACAUAACCACAAGAGAUGACCAGCCCGGUUGGAUACCUGAAAACCUCAACAAGGGUCACAUGGAGAGGUUUUACUUCUUGCUCGCAGCUCUGACAGGCAUUGACUUUAUUGUUUACAUGUUAUGUGCAAAGUGGUACAAAUGCAUCUCGUUUGAAGGGAAAUGUGGAGCCAGAGAAGUCAGUCAUGAUACCAAUUCGCUUAAAGAAUCUAGUAGUGGCCUAGUGGGUGAAUGAAUUUGGGUAGGUUAUUAAGCAAGAUGUGUAGCAGUAAGCCUAUGAACUGUAUUAACAUGGGUAGGUGAAGUAAGAUACAGGGUGAAGACACUUGUAGAAAAUGUUGAAAUAAAGGACAAUGACAACCCAUCUUUUAAA